UGUAAACAAGUUGCUGAAAUGUAACAUUUUGAACUCAUCGAUCCGCUGAGUUGCUUUCAGAACGUUUUCAGAUGCUUUCGGAACGUUUCCGUUCUUGAAUGCCCCUUGCUGCAUAUCGUUGCACAAUGCGCAAACGCGGAUCUGGGUGAGAAGUAUGAUAGCGAGCUAGCUAUUCCUCCCCCAUCACAGGGGCUCAACUCUAGCCAAUCUGUCACUGUGAACGUUGAAAACGUUUAUUUGUACCUGCCUAGCAACCUAGCUAGCUUGUUUCAAUGUAACUAUGAGCUAACGUUAGCUAGGUUACAAGUUAGCUUGAAUUGCUGCAGUAGCAGUUUGCGAAGGAAGAAGCAGGUACUCGGCAGUCCAAGCCGCUAAACAUAAGUUACCUGUCUGACACUGACGAGUGAUGGAGGCUCCACCAGUCUCAGUGCUGCCCAUCACGGGGGGCACAAUUAACAUGAUGGAGUACUUGCUGCAAGGCAGCGUCUUGGACCAGGCCCUCGAAAGCCUAUUGCACCGCCUCCGGGGCCUUUGUGACAACAUGGAACCCGAGACAUUUGCCGACCAUGAGCUGGUCUACCUCCUGAAGGGCCAGCAGGGCAACCCGUUCCUGUUGCGAGCCCGCCGCUCCCUCUCCCACCCCACAGUGCCCUGGCACCUGCGCUACCUGGGCCAGCCGGAGGUGGGUGAUAAGUCCCGCCACGCUCUGGUUCGGAACUGUGUGGAUGUGGCCGCCUCGCACAGCCUGCCCGACUUCCUCAAUGAAAUGGGCUUCCGCAUGGACCACGAGUUCAUAGCCAAGGGCCACAUUUUCCGCAAAGGUGUGCUCAAAGUGGUAGUGAGUAAACUGUCUCGCAUCCUGGUCCCCGGGAAUACAGAGAACACUGAGCCGCUGUCACUCUCCUACCUGGUGGAGCUCAGUGUAUUGGCCCCUGCGGGCCAGGAUACCAUGUCAGAGGACAUGCGCAGCUUCGCUGAGCAGCUCAAGCCCCUGGUUCACCUGGAGAAGAUUGACCCCAAAAGACACAUGUAAGAAGGAGUGUUUUAUGAUGAGCCUCUGUUGGCUGUCAUGGACAAAGUGUAGUUUUUAUUAAAACAUUAUUUUUUUUACAUGGGACUUAUUUUUUUAUGAUUCCUAUGAGAAAGCGCUUUCCCACAGUCCUUUGUCUCUGUAAAUGAACUCUAAAUCUCACAAUCUUGAUGCGUGUCUCGUACAUUUGGAGAAGGACCAUCUGUCAUUUGGAUGUUAGUGGUGUUUGACAAGGACUUCACAGGAGGUUUAUGACAUAGCCAACAUGGCUGAUGUGACAAAUGAGGCUUUGAAUGAGUCAAUAAAUAACAAUGUUUCUAUUCACAGUGCCGAACUCUUAGAACAUACGUUUUGUGUAAGUGCUUUGUUCUAACUUUGAGAUGUUUUAAGAAAUGCACAGCGCUAUAGUGUUUAUAAAAAAAUAUUUUUCUCAA